UUGUGUGUCAACAUUUGUGAAGUUAAAUUUUCGUGCACAUUUCAAAAAAUUUCAUCACAUUUUUAUCAACUUUCAUUCAUUUUCAAACGAUUUGCAUGUAUUGUAAGCACAGUAAUAAGUUGCUCACUGAUGUUACCAACCACACUAACAGUUUUCAGAGCAAGAACAAUCGUCCGCUCACGAAUUACAGUGAGUUUUCCCCAUUAUAACCUCCAAUCCGGCUAUCAGACAGCAUCUAAAAACAUGCCUAAGGAUCCAAAUCAUGUUGCGGAUGCACAACGGCAACGACAAAAGAUUAAAGAACGUAAUAAUAAGUAUGCUCCAGCCAAGGUUACAUUACAAGUACUUGGGACAGGAGCGGAAGGAGCCCCCCGGAGUCUUUAUAUUUUCUCAGAUCAGUCUAGAUAUUUGUUUAACUGUGGGGAAGGUACACAGAGAUUAGCACAUGAGCACAAGGCAAAACUAGCCAAAUUGGAGCAUGUUUUUAUUACACAAGCAAGUUGGAAGAAUAUGGGAGGACUACCUGGAACAGCAUUGACUAUACAGGAUGUUGGCGUACCUGAAAUUACUCUUCAUGGACCUACAGGCUUAGAGGAGUUAUUCAGAGCUACAAGACGUUUUGUAGUGAUGAAAAACAUGCGCGUGAAAAUGGCUGAAUGCCAGGAAGGUCAUGACUUUGAAGAUAAUGUGAUGACUGUGAAAUAUGUUCCUUUGUUAAGAGUACCUACUAUAACGGAGCAUGAUUCACUUGAGGUUGAAUCUGAAAUGGACAAGGUAACGCAAGCUGGGUCCAGCAUUGCUACGAUGAGCGUAGGUACAACCACGAGAGAUUCUCGGAAGCGUCGACGAUCUUCAAGCUGCGCUUCGUCUCUACGAACGUCGUCGGCUUACGAAGACGACACGGAUUACUAUUCACAUGAAAGUAAGAGACGAAGAUCUCGAUCUUGUACAGCUAGUGGGAAAAGAGUGGUAGACACGACCGUAAUUACUGAAUCGAUGAAGAAAGUGCUACUGGAGCAGAAGAAACGUGGCACAGUAAUGUGCUACGUGUGUCGACUGAAAGCGCGGCCAGGCACGCUGAAUUUGGGCAAGUGCGUGCAGCUGAAUAUUCCGGCGGGACCGAAGUUGGGUGACUUGAAAAAUGGGAAGAGUAUUACGUUAAGUGAUGGAACUGUCAUCACCCCGGAGCAGGUUUGCGAGCCGGAGGAACCUGGACCAAUUUUUAUAUUUGUUGACGUACCGACCGAGGAGUAUUUGGAUGCGUUGAUUGCCAGCGAGGCAAUAAAUCAACACAAACAACUUACGGCAGUGGAGGACAAUCUUGCCUACCUGGUUGUGCACUUUACGCCUUGGGAUAUUGUCCAGCAUCCCAGGUAUCAGAGUUGGAUUGACACAUUUUCUCCCAGCACGCAUCACAUUUUCAUCAACGAAAAAAACACCUGCAUGGGCAGUAUUGCCGUGCAUCGUAUCCAGUACAAGUUGAAUCUUUUGAAUAAGGACUUCUUCCCGCUCUUAGGUGAUCGCGGUACUGAGAGACAACUUAAAUCCUCUUCGCCUGCAGUGAAAACUGAUGAGGAUUUAACCACGGAAACUAACUUUGAUUACCCUAACACAUCCUGUGGUACAACCGAGCACAUUAUCCGCGAAAAAUACGCUUCCUACAUCCAACCUGGCACAUUCUAUAAUUUUCAUCUACGCCCUCGCACGGGAAAAGACAGCACAAGUGAAAUCAAACUUGUACCAUCUGAGUAUAUUGACGAGACUUUUGCGCUCGACGGUUUCUGCGACGAAGUGCAGAAACUUCGUAUUGAAAUUCUCAACAAAUGUAAACAUAUGACAAUCCGGCCCUAUCCUAAAAUCCUGUUCUUGGGUACUGGUUCAUGCAUUCCCAAUAAAACUAGAAACACCAGCGGGAUCAUGCUUUUUACGAAUGAAGAGAGUAAUAUUCUCAUUGACUGCGGGGAAGGAACUUAUGGGCAGACGAUUCGAUUUUUUGGAGAUAAACGAGCAUUAAAAGUAGUUGCUAACACGGACGCUAUCUACAUCAGUCACUUGCACGCCGAUCAUCACAUUGGCUUGAUUGGAUACUUGCAGGGAAGGCGGCGUGCACGCUCGUUGCUCGGUUUACCAGAAAAACCCUGUUAUCUACUAGCUCCGAAACAGAUCCAAAGUUGGCUUGGUUUUUACGAUUUAUGCUUCGAAGACAUUUGCAGAGACUACCAAUUAGUCGCGAACGGCGACUUGUUAUUAGAUAAUGAGUUGAUCGAUGCCGAGGAGAAGGCCGAUAUUUGCAAAGCUCUGCACCUAACGUCGGUGAAUACUUGCAUGGUGAAACAUUGUCCGAAUGCAUUCGGCGUGGCUUUCAAACAUGAGAAUGGAUUCAAGCUCACUUAUAGUGGUGACACUAUGCCCAGCGAGAAUUUAAUUCAAUUAGGAAUGGACUCUGAUUUGUUGAUUCAUGAAGCGACAAUGGAAGAUGAACUGGCAAGCGAAGCGGUUGUCAAAAUGCAUUCCACGACAUCGCAGGCGAUACGUGUAGGACAGAGAAUGAACGCUCGCAACAUUUUGCUCACACAUUUCAGUCAGCGAUAUGCCAAGUUGCCGAGAUUUAAUAAAAAUUUUGCGGAGAACGUUGGCAUUGCUUUUGAUAAUAUGAUGUUGGCAGCUGAUGAAUUACCACUGUUACCUUUGUUAUACCCUUCGUUAAUGAUCAUGUUUGCCGAUCAUUAUGAAGAUAUGGAAUUCAAGGCGAUGAAGCGUGCGAAGCGGGAAGAAAGAAAGAAAUCAUUGUAACAGCAAUAAAUAAUUCGAAAUACUGAAUAAAUACUUGAAAAUUUAA